AUGCCUUUCUCGAUUGCGGGAUGGCCGCUCUGGCUCCUAUGUCCGUGGCUGUGGUUCUUCCUGGCUACUGUCCCUUUAACAAGUGAUGCUCAGAGACUGAAGCAAGGCUGCUUUGAUGCAUUUCCAGAGGAUCUUCGGUGUGGAAUCAAACGUUUUCUCCCUCCGGAACCGCCUGAUCCAGCUGCCCUGGUUACUGCAAGUGGAGCCAGCUUUUCCAUUGAACAGGUCUGUCUUUGGCUGUCCCUAGAAGUUUUUCCUUUCUCCCCAGACUUUCUGAAUACCUCCAAGCAUCCAGAACACUUGAACACUCUAGAAAGUUCUAGUGAGGAGUGUCAAAAGGCAAAAAUUGCCUACCCGCAUUGCCUAUUUUGCAGCUCCUCUAAACGUCCACCAAGAGAAAGCUUCGAUCCGAGUCUCUACUACACCUUUGGCAUUGGUCUCUUCUUUCAAUGCGGGAUCGAUGCGGAUAUUACGACAUGCGGAGGAAAAUUGUCGCGGGAAGAUGCUGUGAUGAAUCAAAAUCCACCCUAUCAUCGGUUGCAAUCUGAUCAAGACAUUGAUAGGACAUGCCAAGAGCUCCAGACUACUUUGGUUGACACUCCCAGAAGCGUCAUUCCUGGUCUUGGACACAAUCUACCCGCAUCGCAAGACUUGUGUAUUCGGCAACACCUCGUGGCACAUUUGUGUCCCGAAAAUUGUCAAGGAGGAUGUUUGGAUGAAGUACGGUAUCCACCAACUUGUUCUCGAGAGUUCAACCCAGCCGAGUGGGGAGAUGCUGUGGAAACAUUUUACAAAAGAGGUGGCCCGCUUGGGGUCGUUAUCCCAGAGAAUGAAUCACGCCCUCCUCUUCCAACAGGGUAUUUGGGAAUCAAUUACAGUGAUCCCGUUUCGGUGUGUCUCGAAUUGCGAGCUCUCUUGUUUGGGGACUUUACUACUUUGGAAACGACUCUGAAUACAUCCCAACAUUUGGAUUACUUUAACUCAAUUGACGAGGAGUCUCAGUGGUGCCCAUUGGCACGGCAGGCCUAUUCGAGUUGUGCUUGGUGUGCACCAAAUCUCUGUUUUGACCCACGACAAGGGCCUUCGUGUAGACCACCAUCCAUAGAAAACGGCAAUCCACAAAAUCUCAACAGCACAAACAUGAUAGAGCUUGUUCUGACACAGCAAAACUACUCCUUUGGAGAAUUGGAAGAGAUAUGCCGUCUCCUGUUUCAGAGCGUUGUCGACACCAGUGGUGUCGAGGGAUUUCGGUCCAUGGUGCUCGCGGAAGAAAACUGGUUGUGCGAUGCGGCCAAAGAAGUCUUGUACUUGUGUCCCCAAUCCUGUCGCCCAGAUCCAAAAAUUGCACCGCCCAACUUUUGCGCCGGACCGAAUCAUUGCGAGACAAGGCAUACCACCGUACUACCUGGCAAUUUUCAAUCUUACACGUUGGAAGUCUUGGGAAUUGAAGAUCCGACAGCUACCGGUAUUGCAAGCGAGGACUGUGCGAUAAUCCACCAGACAUGGAAUCGGACACGGACUAUCAGAUGGUCAUAUUUUGGUUGCUUUGAGGAUAUCUACCUCUCCAACCUCUGUCCCAAUGAGUUCUGUCCGGAAGGCAGAGAUACCGCAGAAAAGGACUUUGCAUACUUGGGAGCCACCACAGAAGGUCAGAAGAAGGCCCUCAUUUGGACGGCACGGGUCUCGGCCAUUCUCUCGUUUCUGGGAGCAUCCUACAUUCUAUUCGACGUCCUCACAGAUCCCAAAACACGUCAAAUGGUCUACCAUCAACUCUUGGUGGGAAUGGCAACCUUUGACAUGGUGACAGCCAUUGCUUGGAGUUUUGCCACGAUACCAAUCGACGCGGACAAGGCAGACUAUAUUCAGCAAGCCUCGGGCAAUAGUGCUUCUUGUACAGCCCAGGCUUUCUUCGUCCAGCUUGGAGUUACGAGCAUAUUCUAUUCUACCAGUCUCGCAGUGUACUAUGUGCUGGUCAUUGUGUACAGUUGGAGAGAGUUCCAGCUGGUCAAGAUUCGAAAGUAUCUACAAGGGGUUCCACUUGUGUGUGGGAUAGGGUUGGCAUUGGGGGGUCUGCCAGUCUACAAUGUGAUGGGCUAUGCGUGUCACGUCGAGCCUCUCCCAGACGGGGAAGUCUGGGUAGUACUCGUGUUUGUGGUGUUACCGCUUGGGUUGUCCAUCACCGCCAUUACUUGUUGCCUUUUGAAGGUGUACUGCAACGUGAGACAACGAGCUACCUCCUCGGCCCAAUGGAGUAUCUCUGGGAGCGCCAAUACACUUGAAAAGCAAGUGUUUUGGCAAUGCAUAAGUUACAUGCUGGCGUUUUAUAUUUCCUGGCCCAUCCUGUUCUCCGUUUACUUGUUUUCGGUGGACGUGAAUGGCCCACUUGGUCUGACAUUGAUAGUUGCCUUCUUGGCUCCAUUGCAAGGUUUCAUGAAUGCCCUGGUGUAUCUGCGACCGAAGCUGUUCAACGUGUCCAAGAGAAACAGCGCCAGCAGCAGGCAGUCUUCCUUCGCGGCCAUUCUUCGAAAAAGCCUUGGCCGGCGACGAGAGAGUUCAUCGCAGAACCCUCGAGACCUUCUCGAUCCGUCCGCUCAGAUUGCCUUACAAAAUCAUCUUCCGCAUGAAGCAGCGACCGAAAAUCCCUCGCCAGACUACAAAAAUGAGGUCAUCGGAGAACGGGAUACAAACUACGAUGCAGAACAAAAAGUCGAAACUGACGGGGUCGAGCAUUGCAAAUUUGGCAAAAAUGACGAUCCAAAAGAUUACCUCUCUGUCAGCCCUUUUCUCCCCGUUGCUCAGAUGCACGACGAAGAAGGGGAGAACGAUGAAACUGAUGUACAGGACCCCAGCCCAAAUGGUUCUGCUCAAGGGCUACUACCGGUACAAGAAGUCGAGGAAGAGACCAAGGAGGAAACCUUACAGCCACAUCAUUUCGAGGAAGACGCUGCAUGA